AUGCGGUGCCUGGUUCGGGUUCGGAAUUGCGAAUCGCUGACGCUGGAGGACGUGGCUGUGGAGUUCACCCGGGAGGAGUGGCAGCUCCUGGCCCCUGCUCAGAAGGACCUGUACCGGGACGUGAUGGUGGAGAACUAUGGGAACCUGGUGGCCGUGGGGUACCAAGUUACCAAACCUGAUGCUCUGUCCAGGUUAGAACAAGGAGACCUGCCCUGGAAAUCACAGCGCAAUAUACAUCAGGAAACUCAUACUGGAGAGAAACCCUACGUAUGCAGUGAAUGUGGCAAAGGCUUUAUCCAUAAAAGAAAUCUCAUUAUUCAUCACCGAAUUCACACUGGAGAGAGACCCUACAUAUGUGGGGAGUGUGGAAAAGGUUUCAUCCGGAAGGCAAAUGUCAUCCUUCAUCAGCAAACUCAUACUGGAGAGAAACCAUACAGAUGUGGUGAAUGUGGAAAAGGCUUCACUCAGAAGGGAAGUCUCAUUAUUCAUCAGCGAACUCAUACUGGAGAGAAACCCUACACGUGCAGUGAAUGUGGGAAAGCCUUCAUCCGGAAGCAAUAUCUCAUUAUUCAUCAGCGAACUCAUACUGGGGAGAAAUUGUACAUAUGCAGUGAGUGUGGAAAAGCCUUCACUCAAAAGAGAAACCUCACUUCUCACCAACGAAUUCAUAAUGGAGAGAAACCCUACAUAUGUGAUGAAUGUGGAAAAAGCUUCAUCCAGAAAGGAAACCUCAUUAUUCAUCAGCGAAUUCAUAGUGGAGAGAAACCCUACAUAUGCAGUGUAUGUGGGAAAGCCUUCCCCGUGAAGCAAACACUCACUGUACAACAAAGAUCUCAUACAGGAGAGAGACCAUAUAGCUGCAGUGAGUGUGGGAAGACAUUUCCUUACAAAUAA